AUGUCCUAUGAGGAGUCAUCAGAGGAACCUUCGAUGUCUGCGGAAGCCUCGGCAGGCUCUUUGUCAUCGAGGGCGGACAAUCUGGGCAGUGGUUCUGAUGCUGGCGGUGCCGAUGCGGCUCCCAACAGCUCAAAUGCUGCGCAACUGUGUGCGCGAGACAGCAGCUACAGAAGCCACGUGCAAAAGAUCAGUGCCUUCCGGCGACGCGCCAGCGGACUGCAACCAUCACAACUGGAAGAGCUACUGCGACCACAGUUACUGGAACCGGCAGCAACAUGCUUUACGGACGACCUUCAACGGCUGCAACAUCUAUUGGACGCCCCCAUCCUGCCGAAUGACAUGGGAUGGAUUCUUGGAUGUGACGGAGAAGGCCAGCCGCCGAAGUCGCUCCUGGUCCAGCGGUUGCAGACGCUUCUUGCCAGGCAUUUUGGUCAAGUGCUCCACUACAAAGCAGCCGCCAGUCUGGCUAUGUCCAUGCUGGACAUUCUUGCAAACGCGUGGUACCAAGAGCUCCUGCUCACCACCUGGCCCCUACUGGGGGAAGAUGGACAAAGGAGCCUCCAGACAUGGUUCUGGCGAUACCGGCUUGGGGCACAGCCAGAAGAUCUGCGGGAUGACUCUGCAGAAGAAGGCGUCAACGUGGCCGCGGAGCAACAUGAUCCGGCAGCCAGCUCGCAUGCCGGGCUGCCCUGGUCCCAAGUCCAGGGACUCAUGCACGAGGAUGCCGAUUUGUACUUGCAGAGUCUUUCGGCGCCGCCCUGGCGUCCCACCGGGACUCAGAUGCGUUGCACGACAGGCACCAGUGUGCUGCAGGACGAUAGGCAAACAGUCGGCUUUGACUACCAAGCCAGCGACCAUGCCCGCGCGCUGCGAGAUGGGCAGACGUCCUAUCGGGGCAGGUUGUCUGUACCUGAAGAUUUACUAACGCUCAUAAUGUAUAUCCACGACCAUGCUCUAAUCGUCCUCAAACGAUACGACCUUCGCGACAGUGUUCGGCUUGGCAGAGGGGUGCGGCAGGGAUGCGGCCUGUCACCUCAAUUGUGGCUAGCCUUCACUGUUCUUUUCUUUGACAAGGUGUCGUACCUGCCAGCCAAUGCGGUGUCUGGCUUUGCAGAUGACUUUCACAUCCAGUGGAGUAUCCACUCUGCCUGUGACAUGCACAACGCGUGUUCUCACAUUCCACGUGUCAUACAAGACUUGAACUCGCUGGGUAUGAAUGUCUCUGCGGACAAGACAGUCGCCCUGCUCGCACUAGCUGGAGCCGACGCCCCCAAGCUGAUGAAGACCUACACGGAAAGAACCCCGAAAGGCCAUCCGUCCGCAGACGCGCCAGCCACUGUCACAGAGGUGACGCAGGUUGCAGCAGACUUGGUAGACUUCGACAUGCCACCUACUUUUCAUCGACCUGCAUUGCAGAUGUCUUCGGCACUGCCAGACGAGCAGCUUCAGGAGGCGGCAGCGGAGCUGGCACGGUUCUCAGCUUACAUGCAGCCCUCCCCGGUGGCCACUCCAACCUCGACGGCGCCAUCGACGAGGGCAGGGGAGACGGCAAAUCUCCUGGACAUGGAGCUGGACGAAAGGCCCAAGCGCAACUCCCCGAGCCGAGCCGAAGCCCCGACGCGCGGGCUGGAGACGCCGCUGCUGGGAACUCCGCAAAAGUUCCUCAAAGCCGAGGGCAAAGGCGACAACAAGGGCGAGGGCAACCUCAACCAGAACACAGCCGAGGCAGCCGAAGCAGCCGAGACAGCGGAGGCCGAGACGGACACCCACCCGAAGCCGGCGGAGGAGAACAAGACCGAGCCCCCGGGACCCAGAGGCAAAGGACGCUCGCAGGAGCGCCAAUGGCCGACCAGACAGGAGCGUCGACGCCAGCAGGAGGCGCCGAGCCAGAGCUCCAAGGACCAGCAACGGGGAGGCUGGAACUGGGGACGCCAGCCGUACCAGUGGCCCAACCGCUCAGACAGAAAGGGCGGCUACCAGCGCAACGAGGACAACGAGAAGGAAGCGGCCCUCCGAAAGGAAAUCAAGGAGCUCAAGAACAUCAUCAGAGCCAUGGGCAGGCUUACCCUGCGGAUCGAGGAUCGCGCAGCCGUGGACAUGUUGGACAAGGAAUUUUUCCUGUUCCUUCAGACGGAGGCCAGCGGAAACGAAUGGAGCGUGACCAAGCGGUUGUGGACCGUGGCAACAGAGUGGAACCGGCUACGGGAAACUUCCCCGGAGGAGAUCACGCAGCCCCUACGCUGCGUACUCCUGCACGCCUUCCUGACGGCGCUGCAGAGCCAGGUGACGGCGAUCGAGACGAACUCCCAGCUGUUACAGCAGGCCAAGGAUCGCGGCCUGAUGCAGGACGAAAGCUAUUGCUAUCUACGUUGGGAUCAUCAGGAACGCCGCCACCUGCCAGCACCUCAACAGCCGCUCGAACACCAGACGCUCCAGCAGUGCCUCCAGCUGAUGUUGCGGCUCAUCGUGUUCCCGAAUACGGUGGGCAACUUCCACCCAGUUCGCAAGAUGACGGCCGGGUUGAGCUCCGAAGUGCUGCCCUUUGCUUUGGUUAUUCAGAACCGAAACCAGGAGGCGCAGCAGCUCUAUCAGUGCUGCCAGAGAUUGUCGAGGAACUCCAGCCUUCACCUGGUGGGAGCUACAAUGAGGCCGGCGAAACUGGGCCGGUCACCGGCUGCAGUCGCCUUGGACAAGAUGCUGCAAGAUCUUUGA